GCUCACAAAGAGCUUUGGGUUGUUCGUUAUUAGCGCUCGCGGGCCCGGCCGCAGUCUGAGAAGUGACACUGACAGCCUGCCGCUCAGAACAGACACAAAUACAGGCGACGUUUUGCCUGCACACAAUUUUUCUAUGUGCCAAUAAUAGAAUAUCAUUAGUAGACAGCUAUGGCGGCUCGGCUGGGACCGAGCGUGCGUGCCUCGCAGCUCGCUACACCGGGCGUCUCGUCUCGGAUACCGCGUUUGGUCGUUGUUCGUAGCUUGCACUCAGAAUCACAACGGCAGCAUGAUGACGGGCGAGCGGCGCUGGUGGCAGGCUUGUCCACGCUGGCAGCCGGACUGCUGCUUUCAGGCCCUGCUGAUGCGGCUCUGCUCGGCGAAAGCAAUUCUUACACCUCUCAGCCUCCAGAGCGGUCUCGGUACGUGAUGCUGGAGCGCCAGCGCCUGGAGCGACUCGUGGUGUCGGAGUUUGAGGCCAGGCUGUCGGAGCUGUCUGACGGCGAGCUGGCGGACAUGCUGGAGGACAUGCUGCGCAGCCGCCGCGGCGCCAAUACAGCCACAGAGCUCAUGGGCCGAGCCGGCCGCCCCGCGCCCGCCGCACCUGCCACAACCAGCACCAACACCGGAGCCAGCGGGGCCCUCGCGCAGGGCUCAUCGCAGCAGCAGCCGGGCUCAACGACUCGACGUGGGGCUGCGGACUCGGUGGCACCACCAGCGCAGCAGCCGUCUCAGGGGGGAGGCGUUGGCGGGAUAGACUGGCUGUUGUCGCCCCUGUCUGAUCUGCGGGGCCAGUUGGCGCCGGAGCUCAGCGGUGCGCCUGUGGCACCUGCUGCGGCACCUGCUGCACCCGCUGCUGCUGCUGCCAGCGCACCAGCAAGCAACAGCGGCAGCGGCGGCGGCCCCAGUGGCAGCGGCAUGGUGGGCCUGUUCCAGGGCGGACUGAGCGGCCUGGGAGGGCUGAUUGGCGGCGGCACAGACAACGGGGCUGAGGCGCCCGGCAUGACUCCGGAGCCACCAGCCGCAAGCCGUGGCCCGGGCAUCGAUGACAUGGCCGCAGCAGCAAGGGCUCGCGAGACGCCUGCGCCAGCGCCUGCGCCAGCGCCUGCCGCCAUGAGGGACACGUAUGCCGCGAGCACUGCGGGUCGCGACACGGCGGCUGACCUUGGCGGGGACGCGGGCGGGGGCGAGGAGGACGAGGAGCAGGACUUCACCAGUCAGCUCAUGGCACGACUCAUGGGCGGACCGCAAGCCGGACCCGCCUCGGAGCCGACUGCGCCCGCCUCCGGCUCUGCAUCCUUAUCCUUGUCAGGGGCAGACGCACCUGGGUCUAGGACUGAGGCUCAGCGGGACGCGCUGGUGGCGGGCAUGAUGGGCGCCUUGGGCUCAGCCCUGUCACAGCUGCCGGGUGGGCCGGGGGCUGAGGCUGGGCCGGGGGCUGAGGCACUGGGAGGUGGCGCAGGCGCAGAGGCGGCCGCGGCGCAGUCGGGCCUGCUGGGCGGUCUGUCGCUACCCUCGCUGCCGGCGCCGCAGCUGCCGGCGCUGCCGUCCCUGUCGGCGCCCGGCCUGCCGGACGUGGGGCCGGCGCUGCAGGCCGUGGGCGCGGCGGCAGCGGGCGUGGCGGGUGUGGCAGGCGGUGUGGCAGGCGGCGUGCGGGACCUGGCGGAGGGCAUUGCGGACGGCAGUGUGGCGGACGCAGCGGCGCAGGUGCUGGUGCCGGUGGGGCUGGUGGCGGCGGGCACGGCCGGCGUGGUGGCGAUCAGCUACCUCACGGAGCCGCCGCAGUCCGCCGCGUCGGAAGCCGUCGAGCCAGAGCAGCAGCCCCAGCAGCCGCUGGUCCCCAGCACGUCUGCGCCCGCCACGACAAGCAACGGCGGCAGCAACACAGCAGUCGCUGUGUCCGCUGCGUCUGCACAGCAGGCCGCCCAGGCGGCCGUGGCAGCGCCGGAGUCUGCCAACGCCGUUGCUGCCGCCGAUGCAGGUGGAGGCCUUGUGGGCCGGCUGACGGAACUGGGCGCGGGGUUGCUGUCUUUCGCCCGUGGCUCCACGCAGCAGCCGGACGCCCCCGCUGCGGCCGCUGCGCCUGCCUCCAAUGUUUCCGUCUCGAGCGCCAGCUCGGCACCCGCUGGCCGCUCGGGUACAGCGGCCGCUGCGCCAAGGAGCGGCGCGGCGCCUACCGAGCCUAGUUCUGGUAGCCCCACCGCUACCGCCAGCAGCAGCAGCAGCAGCAGCAGCAGCUCCAGCAGCAACGGCACUAGCAGGGCCAGUCGGCUGCAGGGCCUGUUGGACAACGGCCCGCCGCUGCCUCUGCAAGGAGCACCGAACGUCGCAACAGCCAUGGGCGGACUACAGCCGGGAUCGGCAGCCGCGCCAAGCACGGGUAUGGAGGGAGCUGUGCCGGAUGCCGGCGUCAGCAGCGGCGGAGGCGGUAUUCUGUGGGAGCGCAAUGAGGAGCCGACUCCUGCAUCGGCGGCUGGCCCAGGCCCGGUGCUGUGGCAGCGGGCAGAAAAUACUGUCGGCGUGCGUGGACUGCCGCAGGCGAGGCAGGCGCCGCCCCCGCCGCAGCCACCGCGGUUUCCGCCACCGCGCCCGCCGCCGGUGAUGCCUUCCGGCGGGCUAUCGGGCGCGAACAUGGCCGGGGCGUUCGGCGCGUCCGGGGUUGGGGCUGACUUGGCAGCGCAGCAGCGGUUCCAAGGACAAGCGCCCUCCAGUGCCGGAAACACGGGGACAGGUGCUUUCCCAAUGCCGCCUGACCCGUGGCGGUCGGAGCCCGGCGCGGCGGCGGCAACCACAGCGGUAGGCGUUGCGGCUGUGAGUCGUGCGGAGGGGUCACAGGAGCGGCCAGGCGGCAGGGAGGCCGUGGCAAGUGGUGCGGGCGGCAACUCAGUGGGGGCCUCGCCGUGGGACUCACCGCCGUGAGAACUGAGGGGCUUGGAAUGCAUGGUGUGCAUGCGGAGGGCUGCAACGGCGAAGUAUGCUGUAUGUGAGUGGGUGAGACCACAAGGUUCGCGAUGUGCCGGUCCUGCUGUGGCAUGCGCGUCAGGGGAGUGGUGUGUAUCAACAGGGGCUCAUGUUUCGCCCGAUUCAUCAGGGCAGCGGGUUGGCCCAAGUCACAGGCGCAUGUGCUGAUCAGGUCGCCAAAGGCAUGAUAUGUUAGGCAUCGGCGAGGUUGGGUGUACCGUAAAUGAACACAUGGAGGCAAAGGGGUGAAAGGGCACUGUGCGGCGCGGCUGUGUGUUAUCCAGGUUAAUGUAGGUUUGAAGUGAUCAGUCAUUGUCGCAGGAUGGAAGUGGCCGUAUUGUUACUAGUCACUACAAAGAUACCAUGAAUACUGAAAGUUUGGGACAUAAAGCAGCGUGCUCACUGCACAGCAGAGCUGCAGGUGCAAGUCUGUGAGGAUUCUGCCUGUGACGUCAAAGCUGUCACACGCCAAUCGCUAUCCAGCGCGCCCUUGAGCGCGUUUACCGGGGUGUGCGAGUGCGUUGUCCUAUAGCACGCACGCUGCAGAGAUAGUGAGAUACCCCGGGCAGUCUGUGUGUGCGUGCGGGUGGGGGUGGGCCUAACCGGGCCUUGUCGCAGCGACGUGACAGGGCAAGGCCGCAAGGGAAGCAAGCUGAGUCCGGACGAACAACUUACGCUCGGCCCAGGCGCAACGUUACAUGUAAUUACGCCGCGCC